ACAGUACAUUUUGUUCAAUGUUCACUUUGUCAAUUGAAAUAUUAUUUUCAAAUUGUUCAGGCUGUAAACUAUCAUCGAUUCUAGCAUCUUUCGUAGCUGCGUGAAUAGUGAAAUUAAACUUAUCUAAUUUUUGAUUGGAUGAGUCGGUUCUAAUCAUUUCCUGAGGACGAAUUUUCUUUGUUUUAUCAGUGCUUUCCUUCUCAUAUUCUGGCAAAACUUCUUUCAAAAUUUCUUUCGUAAUAUCAGCCUUUGGCAACCUUGCUUGCACAUAAAAUGUUCUGGAAGCACUGUUUCCAGAUAAUUUCUCAUCCAGAGCAAACUUCAUUCUUUCAAUGAUAGAAUUUUCAUGUAAAAAUUUAACUUCAUGUUUGGUCGGAUGUACAUUUACAUCAAUAUUUUGUGGAUGAAUGUCCAAAGAGAUAUAACACCAUGGAUGGGUUUUCUUUGGAAGAUAAAAAGUGUAAAGUUCUUCUAACAUCUUCCGAAUUGCUGAAACAAGAUACUCGUAAAUUUUAGUUACAAAAAAAUGCGCGAUUCAACAUUGUGAAACUUACAUGAGGAUUCAAUCAAUCUAUUGUUAAUGAAUAAAAGAAACACCAUUCUUUUAUUUGUGUAAUUCGGAUUUGUUAUUAAUGCUUGCAUUUUGAAUUUGUAAGUCUCAUCUGUAUGUUCAACUUCUAAUAAUUCUCUGAAGACUGGAUUACCAUAAAGUAUCCUUAUAUUGUUCAUUUUUGUGGAAUUAUGGGGUGUACGAACCUAACAAUGUAGCUCAUAUUAGUAUAAUAACAUAAGAUUGAGAUUAUUAUCUGAAGAAAAUACCUGAGGGGCUACAUCACCACAUUUUUUCAGUGAAAAUCCUACAGCAGGAUUAUGUAUUGCAUAUUUUAUUACUACAUCUGUAAUUUUGUUAAACUCCUCAGUUAUGUUUGAUAGAGCCUUCCUUCUUGUUGCAACAUUAUAGAAUAAAUUUUCUAUUGUUAUUGUAGUGCCUUGAUUUCCAGCACAUGGUUUUGGUGGAGCUUUUAGUUUGCUGUCAAUAUAUGAUGCUCUAGUACAAAAUGAACUCAAUGAAAGAAUAAUUUGAAUAUGACGAUUUUGUAAUCAUAACUUUUGUCACAGAAUCUACAUACUUGUAUGCACAUUUUUCAUCAGCUGUUUUUGUCAUAAUCGUUAAGAGUGCAAUGUGACUCAUACUGGCCAGAGCUUCUCCACGAAAACCAAAAGUUAAUAUGGAUUGAAGAUCUUCGAAUGUUUGUAGUUUACUUGUUGUAAAUCGUUCACAAACAAUUUCCAUGUCAUCUUUUCUAAUCCCUGUGCCAUUAUCUUGUAUCUAGUAAAAUAACAGCGUUUUUUAUAAUCGUCUUUAGAUGUAAAAUAUACUAAUAAGUACCUGUAAUAAUUUCAAACCCCCUUCCUUAGCAAGGAUUUGAAUGUUAGUUGAUUUUGCGUCAAGACUAAAAUGUUUACGACGAACGAUUGUUAGUGACGAAUCAUACGAGACAGUAUAUGGUUUUAAUGUCUAACCUGUUUUCGAUUAAUUCUUUUAAAGCAUUUGCUGGUCUUUGAAUUACUUCGCCAGCUGCAAUUCUAUUUACCACAACUUUAUCCAAUUUCUUUAUUUUCCCCGGUGUAUUCAUAUCAAAUCACGUGUGUUUCAAUCUUCGUCAAAAUAACAAGAAAAUACUCUGUGACUGAAUGUACUGCGAUAAAUUAUACUGUAACGUAAAUAAUUAUAACAUUACGUACAAUGCAUAGUAAUAGAAUCAGAUAUAAAAUGAAGAAUAAUAAUAAUGAAAAUUAGGUAGAAAAUGUGUUCUCUUUGUAAUUUAGCUAGAACUACAACGUAUUACAUUGUACGAAUGAAUAUGUACAUAUAUUUCAUUUUCGCGCCAAAAUAUGGAUUGUAGUAACAUAGUAAUAAAUAUGUAGUAUAAAUAAGGUAAGAAACUACAAUAAGAGAGCAAUUGAAGUAUAUGAAAGUUCACAAUUCUGUACUUUUGUAUUGCAUUUAUAUCCAUAAUUAAAAUGGUUAAUCAUUUUACGAUGGUCAUGAUCAGUUUGAACAUUUAUUUUAACGAUGUUGCAUUAGUUAUUAAAUGCCCUUAAGUACAUAUUGCGUGUUAAUUAUCGUAUAUCAUAAUGUUAGUUAAGAAUCGGUAAUUUGUACCAUUUAAAAGUGCUGUGUCGUCAUUUGUGAUAAAAUAUCCAAGCAAAUUAGCCAAUUAGUAUCACAUUAUUACCGCUAGAUGUUGCUACUAUUUCAACUUGUGAAGAACACAUAUACAUAACCUGUUGGCGGAAAGACACUGUAUAGAUGAUCUCAUACACGUGCUAAGAAUUUGAAUGACAAAAUGAAGCAAUGUAAACUUUGUGGUGGAACAGAUUUUUAUAAGGAAGCAGGAUAUUUUUUCUGUCAAACAUGUCAAACACAAAACGAGGACAUUAGAGAGGAAGUUCUCGAAUUACGAAUAGAUAAUUCAACUAGAUUACGAAAAACAAGAAUCAGAUCAUUGAAAUCUCAGAGCUCAGGUGAGGAACUCGGAUGGACUUCAUGGGAAAUAUACAAUUUCGUUUUAAUUGGACUGACAAAUGAACUGAUUGAACUUGGAGUUCCAGCUAACUUAAAACUAACAGUAUUGCAAUUGUGGGCAACAUAUUUAGGAAAGUUAGAAGUAGCAUUUAUUUCAAGAAAGAGGAAAUGUGUGCCAAAAUUGGCAAAGAGAUACAAUAAGAGGGAUGCGGAAAUUAUUUAUGGUAAAGUGCAAUUACAAAGAAGAAAGAGAAAACGUAAAAAGACUGGAAGUAGUACAAAUACCUCAAUGAUGUCUGAUUACCAGAGUGAGGGAAGUUCUAUGCGAGAACUUAGUAAAAAUAAAAGACUAUUAGUAAAUGCAGAUUAUGAUAGGUUUCUUCAGUCUCAAGCUAGUUCAGACGUUGAGGGUCUCAGUACAUUCACUCAGAGUACAUAUAGUGUUCAGUCUAGUUCGGGAAAGUCUUCGGAUAAUGAAGGAAGACUACAAUUCAGUUCACAUGCCAAAGAGGAAACAAGAAAAAUUAAAAAGCUGUCCAAACAUGUACCUAAGAACAAAAGAGUUAAUUAUAAGGCGAAACAUAUAAGUACUCAAUACAAAAUAGGACCUCAUAUAAUUACACCUAUGAGGCUGUGGGCUAUUCUAUAUCUUGCCCUUAGGAUACAUAAUCAACCUAUACAGUUAGGAGAUAUGUUGAGGUACGGUAGAGAGGGGCAUUUAUCUUACUAUAAACUAGACCAUUUAUUGCCACCAGAAGUCUCUUUAUCAAAGAGCGAAAUUCAUUUUCUGACACCAAACGUGGAAAUUACUCAUAGAGGAAUGAGACGUCUCACAGCCAGUAUGGCUAAGUUUCUUGGUGUUUGGGAGGUAGUGUGCCCGGAUUUUUUGCCUUUGGUUAAUAGAUACUGCCAAGAAUUGGGAUUACCAAGAGGUAUACAGCUGUACAUCGAACGAUUGAUAGCUCUGACUGUUCCAAAAAUGACAUUCACCAAAGAGAAAUCACAUAUUCCAAACUACGAGGGUCGCGCAAUGGCAUUUAUCAUUGUUGUACUGAAAACGUUAUUUGCUCUGGACGAUAUAACUGAGUAUCAAAUUAGUAGGAUAUCAGAGAAGAUCAAUAGCAUGGCUAUUCCACUGGGCCUGUUGAACGAAAAGUUAUUUAGUUUUCGAGAAUGGCAGGAUUAUGUUGAGGGCAGGAAAACAAUACUAACUCAUUCGCAUUUUCCGACGAGAAUCAAGUACUGUCCAAACACUAACGGCGUAGAUGACUUGUACAUAAAAUUUCUGGAAUUUGUCACUUCUAAGGCGGAUAAGAAGGAGCCAGACGUUAAGAAUUCGAAACACUGUUUAUCGGAGGAACUCGUUCAAGCCAUGACCAAAUAUAUUGCUAAUUUAAGUUCCAACGACGAUACACCCAAAGCGAUAGACAUUUUUCCGCCGUCUUUAACUCCGCUUCAUUCGUACUUGCAAUAUUUAUUGGACAAUCCUCUUUACGACAUACCCGCUGUCUUUAGAAAUGAUUUUUUCCUUACGAAAGUGGGCUAUAUGACUAAACCCGAAUCUCUUGUCGAAUUAGCGAUGCAAUGCGGUAUUCAAUUAGAUAUUGUAGACUCGCGUUUGCACUUUAUCGACAAAAUUGUUCCUCCCUUUGAACAACCUAGAAUGCCGAGUGUUGAUGAAAUGAAAGAGCUGGUCGAUGUGGAAAACGAUACUACGCACGAGCAUACGGAGAGAAACGAAAAUGUGAGCGAUUACGUGUACAGAAAGAUACCAUGUAAAGUAGCGGUCGACAUUCCCAAAGAAUUGUAUUACAACAGUAUUAGAUCCACAAUAGAAAAUUGUAACCAUAAAUCAGAGGAUUUUACAUUUAUGGAAACAUUACCGGAUGGUAGACUAGCAAUUCCCGACGACAGCGACAACGAAGAGGAGGAGAAAAAAGCGAAUCUGGCUCAGAGUAUUACCGAGGAAGUAUUAAACUUAGAAAACAAGUUUUAUAGUCGAUACAAUUUGAGCUUAACUACUGCGGAAAAGGAGGCCAUACAAAAUCCACGCAUUAACGACAGGAUGUGCUACGAGGAAGAAAAAUUACAGCUUAUGAGAAACAGCAGAGGUCAAUUCGUUAAAAGAUCUGUCUCAACCGUGGACCAUGAAGAACGAGGAGAGGAUUUUUUCUCCGUUUUAAACAAUUUGAGUUUUAAUAGCAGUGUCCAAACGAAUGCCAAACAAGAUAACUUAUUGUUGAAAAACGGUAUAGAUAUCAACAAUAUAGAUAUGGACAACAUGGACAUAGACAACGAUUUUCUAAAACUGGGCGAAUCUUUUAAUCUGAGUCAAAUUUCUUUGCGUCUAGACGAUUUCGUCUCAACACCAAAAUCAGAGAAAAAGUCGUGUGUGAACAACAAUAGACACCAUUUUUUAAGGCCAUUCAAAGACUAUUGGAUGUAUCAUUGCGUUUUCAGCCGCGUGAAAUCAAAAAAUUUUGCAGUAUUCGAGAAAUCUUUGCCGCGAAGCUUUCGUUGGCUGUUGAAUGAGUGCGCACUUGCCGUGGAAUUGUCUGGGGAAGAGCUCUAUGAAGAAGUAUGUUUAAUAGAAUCGUAUCUUGCAUACCUUUCAAAGAAUCCGCACAAUAAAGACAAUCGCAGUGGCAUGGAUCCGGUAUCCAAAAGUCAAUUGAAUCUCAUUUUAAAGAAGUGGUGAGGUACACAAUGUAAGAUUGAUUGCAGCGAGCUGUGAUGUACAGUACAAAAAUAUAUUAAAUCAUCAUUGUCGUCUUCCUA